UACGUCUCUCACACGGACCUGGCAACCCUGCUCGGGAGCGCGCCUGCACGUCUGGUGAACGCGCACUCGUGCUCUGUGGACGCGCCCGGCAGCGCUGCUGGUGUUGUGAGCGAGCGCACGCCUCAUGUUUAUGUGUUUUUCCUCCGUUUUCCGACAUCUGGAUUAUUUUAUUAUCAAAAAUAAACGGAAUGCGGAUUUUCACGCGUGUGUCCACGCCGAGGAUUUCACACUGCUGGAGUAACGUGUGUGUUUAAUGCGCCUAGAGGAGCGUGCUGAGAGCUUUUGUUCGCUGGUGAAGCUCUUGCACACACACACACACACACACACACACACACACACACACUCACUCACACACACACACACAGUCAUCAUGUCAUCCUCUGAACUGGACUACAUCCCUCCUUGGUGGAUUUAUUGGCUUCACCAGUUUCCUCACAUUGAUCUGAGACUCCAGCAAAUCAACAACACCUUCAACCCUCAGGAGGAAAACUACCAGCAGUCGCUGCUCUUCCUGGUGUGUGUGUCCUCGGCUGCGUUGGGUGUGAAUCUCCUCGCGCUUGCUCUCUAUCUGAGUUUCCUGUGCUGCUGUCGGAGGAACAGCGAGGCUGAUGAUGAGGAAGAGACGAAGAAGCCAAGCUCACACUGUGUCACCUGGACGGCCGUCACCGCUGGACUUCUCAGCUGUGUCGCAGUUGGGGUGGGUUUCUAUGGUAACAGUGAGACCAAUGAUGGAGUGUAUCAGCUGACCUACUCCCUGUACAACACCAAUCACACACUGGUGGGAGCAGAAAACCUGGUUUCGUCUACGUUGGGCGGGAUUCAGAGCGGAAUGAAGGAACACUUGUCCCGAUUGGACGAGAUAUUCGCCACGCGAGGCGACUUUGUGAAGUCGCUGAAGUUCACACAGCAGAUGGCGGAGAACCUUAUGAAACAGCUGUUGGGCCUGCCGGACUGGGAACAGGCCAAAGUGGACCUGACACACAUCGCGGACCGCACUGCAGCCGCCGAGUACUACAGGUGGCUGACCUAUCUGCUGAUUCUGAUAGUUGAUCUGCUGGUCUGUCUGUUGGCGUGUCUCGGUCUGGCCAAGAAAUCACGCUGCCUUCUGACAACGAUGAUGGUGUUUAGCAUGCUAAUUCUGAUAGUGAGCUGGGCGUCUCUGGGAGUCGAUAUAGCAAACGGCUGUGGUGUCAGUGAUUUCUGUGUGUCUCCAGACAAGUUCAUCAUGAACCAGACUAAAGAUUCGUUCAGCUCAGAUAUUGUUCAUUAUUAUCUGUACUGCAGUCAGACGCUUCCUAAUCCGUUCCAGCAGUCUCUGACAGUCGUCCAGAGAUCUCUGACCGCCAUGCAGAUUCAGGUUCAGGGGUUAUUACAGUUCGCCGUGCCGCUGUUCCCUACGGCUGAGAGUGAUCUCCUGGGUCUUAAGCUCAUGCUGAACAAUUCUGAGGCGCAGCUACAUCAGAUCACUGCGCUACUCGACUGCAGAGGAAUCAAUAAGGAUUACCUGGACGCUCUGAUGGGUGUGUGUUAUGACGGUGUAGAGGGGUUGCUGUAUCUCAGUCUUUUCUCUCUGCUGUCCGUUACUGCCUUCUGCACCAUGAUGUGUGUGAUUCCCCGAGCCUGGAGACAAAUCAACAACCGAGAAAGGGAUUAUGGGGAUUUUGAGGACUCGGACCCUUUCAGCUCUCGAGCUCAGGCUGAGAAUUUGCACACUUUUUACAGCUACAGCAGCAGCCAGAACAGCCUUCACUCACCACCGGCUCCGCCCACCUCCAACAUGACUCAGUCGUCAGUGUUCGGUGGAAACACCCGCUUUGAGGACGCACCGCUAAUAAACCGAGGCUCUCCUCCUCCCUCAGUGAGUCAUAUUCUCCCCACUAUGCGAGCCAACUACCUCUCGAUGACAGAAGAUCAGAUGAGACACUUUGGCGACGAUUUUAGGGCCUGAACUUCAUCAUUAUCCACAGACACACACACACACAGAUCUGUGUGUAGUGUGAAUGUGUGUGGUGUAGGGUGUGUGUGUGUGUGUGUCUUUAUAAUCUUGGUGAGGACCAAAUGUCCCCACAAGAAUAGGAAUAUCUGACAGUUUUCACCUCGUGGGGACGUUUUUUGCGGCUCCUAACAUGGAAACUUUUUUUUCCAAAAAAAAUGCAUCUUUUAUUUAAAAAAAACUAAAAGGAAAAAAACUAAAACAAGAAUUUUCAUUUUGGUUACAGAAGUUAAAUGUUAGGGUUAGAUUUAGAUUUAGCAUCAUGUUAAUGAGCUGCAUUAAUAAUUAUAUCAGUGGAAAGUCCUCACAAGGACUGUGUCUGUGUGAGUGUGUGUGUGAGAGUGUGUGAGAGAGUGUGUGAGAAGUGUGUGUGAGUGAGAGCGUGUGUGUGUGAGUGAGCGUUUGUGAGUGAGCGUUUGUGAGUGAGCGUGUGUGUGUGUGUGAGAGGUGUGUGAGAGUGUGUGAGAGUGUGUGAGAGUGUGUGAGAGAGUGUGUGAGAGAGUGUGUGAGAGAGUGUGUGAGAGGAUGUGUGAGAGAGUGUGUGUGUGAGUGUGUGUGUGAGAGUGUGUGAGAGUGUGUGAGAGUGUGUGAGAGUGUGUGAGAGUGUGUGUGAGAGUGUGUGUGAGAGUGUGUGUGAGAGUGUGUGUGAGAGUGUGUGUGAGAGUGUGUGAGAGUGUGUGUGUGUGAGAGAGAGAGUGCGAGUGUGAGUGUGUGUGUGUGUGAGAGAGAGAGUGUGAGAGAGUGUGAGAGCGUGUGAGAGCGUGUGAGAGCGUGUGAGAGCGUGUGAGAGCGUGUGUGUGUGUGUGUGUGUGUGUGU